AGUCAGACACAGUUAGGUGAGCGUUGGACAAGAAAAAAAGAAGAGCAACGACGUGAGCUUUUUGGUGUCCAUCAUGGGAGACACUAAGCUCUGUCUGUUUCUUCUUCUCAGCACUUAUGUCUUGGCUGAGUCAAGCUCUCAAGUGAUUGAUGAAGCGGCAAGAGAAGAAUCAAUAUGCCCAUUGGCAACACGAUUUAGGAACUUCAGAAAAUAUGUUUACCAGUACACAGCUGAGAGCACAAAUGGAGUGCCUGGAACAACUGACACCAAGAACGGGCCCAGAAUAUCUUGUAAGGUAGAACUUGAGGUUCCUCAGACAUGCAAAUUUGUCCUUCGAACCACUGAGUGUGCCUUGAGUGAAGUGACUGUCAUCGAUGCUCAGGGCCAGCCAGUCUACACAUCAGCUCCAGGAUCCGAGGCCUUCAAGGCAGCCAUGGAGAGGAGCCCCUUAAGUUUUGUGGUGGAGCAGGUGGUCAAAGUUUCCAUCUAUCCUGCAAAGGAUGAACCUGAGAAGAUAGUGAACAUAAAGAAAGGAAUCAUCUCUGCUCUCUUAGUGCCUGUCAUGGAGCAGGAGCACAACAACAUAAUGGCUACCAUACAUGGUAGGUGCCCUACUGACCUCGCUGUCAACAAAAGGAACGAUAUAGACACUGAUGUCACUGUGGUCAGGGAUUUAUCAACAUGCAGUCACUUUUAUCCUCACAACCUCCCCACCAGUCCUCUGUCCCUUCUACGUGACCUGAAUGGACUUUUCAGCAAGUUCAUCACUAGCACUCAAACCUGCAACUAUCAGUUUGACAACAGGAAAAAGCACAUGACAGAGGCCCAAUGCACUGAGAAACACCUUUUCAUUCCAUUCUCUCAAGAGGAUCAGUACGGUAUUUCUUCUGAGGUGAAACAGAGCCUGGUUCUGCAAGAGUCAGUGAAGAUUAACAACAGAUAUUUCAACACAGAUGGCACUCCUGAGAAAGCACUUUUCCAAGAAGACGUAGAAGACACAUCUUUUAUCCAGACCAAAGAGGACAUUGUUUCCUUGAUGAAAACCCUCAAUGACUUGCCUCACUCAGGAAGAAACCAGGAGAGGGCACGUCUAUUCCAUAAACUUGUUUCACAGAUCCGUGGAAUGAAGAACGAGACCUUGUCUUUGGCUGUUGAGGAGAUGGUUGAGAUUUCCAAAUGGCUGACCUGGCAGGCUCUGCUCCAGUGUGGAACCAGUGAAUGCACCAGUGCCAUUCUGCAGGUCCUCAGACAUAUCAAUGAACCAGCUUGGGAAGUAGAUGCCAUAAUGUACGCUUUGAGUCUUCUGCCACAAGCCAGUCCACAGCAUCUUAGAGACAUGCUUAGCAUGGCCCAACACCGCCAGAGCAAGCCCAUCAUGUAUGCCCUUGCAAACACAGUGAAAAAAUUCUCUAAAAAUGAGGCAACUAAUGUUCCUGAAGUGAAAGAGGUAGCAGAUUUCAUGGAGUUUAUGCUGGGUGACUGCACAGGAGAUGAGGACAAAACCUUUCUCACACUGAGGGUCAUUGGUGUCAUGGGAAAAUACAUGGAAGACUUUCCAUCUGUAAAAUCCACUCUCUUAGGUUGUAUGCGUCAGCAGGAUGCUUCUUUGUCAGUACAAAAAUCAGCCAUCCAUGCUUUUAGACUGAUGGAACUCGACCCUGAUGUGACUAGCGCCCUAUUGCAGCAGUACCAGGACAAUGAAGCACCUUCCCAGAAACGUAUAGCUGCAUAUUUAAUGUUGAUGAGGAACACAGAUGUAGUAGAGGAGGUGUUGAAGACACUAAAAGAUGAGAAGGAUCUGCAGGUCAAGAGCUUUGUUGUGUCUCACAUCACCAACCUUUUGGACACUGAAGAUCCAAAUCUCCAGAGAGCAAAGGAUUCCAUUGAAAAAGCCUUGGAGAAUGAUAAGGACUUAUCUCCUAUGGAUUUCACAAAGUUUUCUCAGAAUUACAAGAUUAAUGUUCCAUGGACUGGCUCUGUAGAGAGCAAUGUCAUCUUUAACUCUGCUAGUUAUAUGCCCAGAGAAGUCACACUGGCAACCACCCUUGAUACUUUCAACUUGGAGUUACUAGAGAUUGGUCUGGAGGGUGAAGGUUUAGAGCCAACCAUUGAGGCCCUGUUUGGUGAAAAUGGAUUCUUUCCUGAUACAAUCUCCAAGGCUAUGUACUGGGCAAAUGACCAGGUUCCACCCCAAGUCAGCAAGGUUCUGGAGAAAUACGUUGCUCCUUUAAAAGGCAACAGAAUGAAGAGAGAGAUCUCCCGGAACAUUUUGGAGCAAAUUCAGGACAACUUCAAAAAUUUCAGAGAAGGCCUCAAAUCCCUUAAAGAGAACAAAGAUGCACCUAAAGCCAUGGCCUAUCUCCAGUUUAUGGGAACAGAACUGGGAUACAUGAAGACAAGUGAACUGAGUGGCAUUCUUGAAAAUAUGAUGAAAUACACAAAUAUUUUCUUCAGCGAUAUUUUGUCACAAGCUCUGCAGAGACUGUUAUCUGCAACAGACAAUGAGGUUUAUGGCCAUUAUAUGUUCCUGGAUGAAGCAUUUACCCUACCCACGGGUUCUGGAUUCCCUCUGAAGUUCUCUUUGGCUGGAAUUUUUGCCCCUGGUGCAAAUGGAGGCCUGAAAUUUAAACGUGGCAUGCAACAACUCGUGUUCAAGCCAUCAAUGGGAGUGGAGUUUGUUACCCAGAUGGGCAUCUAUUUCCCAGAAUUUGUAGAUGCUGGUAUUAGAAUGCACACAAAUAUAUACCAUGAGAGUGCUCUGGACUCUAAAAUUACAAUGGGUGCCAACCAAGUCAAGCUUUCCAUCCCUGUGGCAAAGGAGAAUACCCAACUGCUAAGCAUCAGCAAUGAGCUCUUCUCAAUCACUUCCACAAUGGUCAAGAAAGUGUCUCCUAAUGAGGAAGACAAAACUGCCUCCACACAAUGCAGCUCCAUCUUCCCUGGAAUGAAGUACUGUACCAUACUUAACUACUACAAUGCCAACUCUGCCCAUUCUCCCUACUACCCCCUAACUGGAGAAAGUAGGUUUGCAAUGGAGCUUCAGCCCACUGGGGAUGUAACAGAAUACACUGCAACUGUCUCUUAUGAAGUCCUGAAGGAGGGCAAGGAAGGUCGCCAUAAAGUUAACUCACUCGUUAUUUCUCUUAAGGCAGAGGGCACCACACCUACAGUAGCUACAGCCACUUUCAAAUAUAACCAUAACAAGAAAAUCUUCACCAGCGAGCUUCAAAUACCAGACUUUGAUGUUGAUGCUGGUAUUAAACUGGCAGUCACGGAUAACACUGGAAAAGGGAAAAAGAUGCAUGGUAUUACAUUUGAUGUAAGCAACAGAAAGAAUCUCCUGCUGUCCUUGGUGGGACGUGCCAGACUGGAGUCUAUGAAAGAUGGUAUGCUAGAACUAGAGAUGGCUGUUCCUGCUCUAAAAUUGGAUGCCUCAGCCAGUGCCAGUCUAAAAAAAGUGAAUGGCCUUGUUUUACAACUUGAAACGGCUUUUAACGUCCUGGAAGCUUCAUCGCUGCAGAAGGCCAUUCUUAGAUACGAUGAGAACAAGAUUGAGCUGGAGAUGAAGUCAGACGUCAAUUCUGAUGUUACAAAACUCAUCCCAGACAUUGAAAACUACCAAAACAAGCUACAGAUUCUAGUUGAUGAAAUCCUUGAUCAAAAGGUGGCCAAAACUGAUAUGAAACUUCGACAUAUUGUUUCCAAAAUGAUAGAAGCAGGAACCAUUUGGCUUGACAAAUUUGGAGGAGACAUUCCAUAUGUGAACAAUCUAAGAAGCAAGAGAUAUAUCCCAGAACUCAGUCUGCCCUCUAUACCAGAAAAAUUAUAUUUCAAUUCUGAUGCACUCUUCCGGUAUCAGUUCAACAAGGACAAAGUAUUCAUCUCUGUGCCACUACCUCUUGGUGGGAGAACCUCUGCAGAGUUAUACAUCCCCUCUGUGUUACCACUCCCCGCUAUUGAUGUGCCAUUCCUUGGGAUAAAUGUGCCUAAAAAUAAUUACAGACUCCCCUCCUUCACAAUCCCUCUGAGUCUGGACUUCUCAGUGCCCUUUAUUGGCAUAGGAGAGGUUUCUGCUAAAAUAAACAGCAACUUCUAUGACUGGGAAGGCUCAUUCCAAGGAGGAAAUUAUACUGACGAUGUUCCCAGCUACAUCGCUAAAUACAAAGUUAUGGCCACCAGUCCUGUGACACUGCUUUCAUAUAAAGUUGAAGGUACAGCUCUGGUUUCUGGCACUUUUGAUGACAACUUUAAGUACCUUGUAAAUGGCUCACUAAACCACAGAUUCCUUGAUGCCAGCUUUAGUGUCUUUGAAGGCAUAUAUGAUGUGGGAAAAGCCAAGGCAAUCUACAAGCUUCAAGCAACAAGCCCAUGUGGACUAGAAACCUCCCUGUAUUAUUCUGCUCAGUCAGCUGCAAAUGAUCAAGAGUUAAGUGCAAAUGGAAACAUUGAUGGAGUCUUCAAAAUGGGACCCCUGUAUGCCAACACCACAUAUACCCAAUCCUUCACCAUAGAUCUCAUCAAAGGUGAAGGAAUAGGAGAGUCUGUCUUGAGAUUUGACACCUCGGUCAUCCAGGGUCAAACUGUGACCAAGGGAGCAUAUCGCAAUAAUGAGUUAUCCAUUUUGUCCACAACAAGCACACAUCAGGACAAUUGGAAGCAUAUAGCUGAAGUGAAGUACAAAGAUGGCCAGUUGUCAUUGAAAUCAGAUGGUCGUGUUACAGCGCUGGACAAAACACUUCGCAUUCAGACUGACCUACAUAUGUCAAACGAAGAAACCAGCUUCAAAUUUGAGACUAAUGCUAAUGAUGCAGCAAAUCGAGCAUACUCCAUGCUCAUGGGAUCUCUCAAUGACAGAGGUCUUGAAGUGAACUUGGAUGGGUCUGUAAACUUUGAAAAUACCCAUGGAACACACAAAGGUACACUUACAUUUGGAGUAAAUGGCUUGGCCACAAGUUGUACAACAACCCUUCAGUGUAGCUCAAUGACAUUUGAGAAUGUCUUAAAUGCUGGAAUUGAUGGAACCAAUGGUGCUUCCAUGUCACUUAUGACUAAAGCAUUAGGUCUGGACAAUACAGUUGAGUUCAAUGCAAUGGGCAAGAUCUCUAAGACUGAAGUAAAGUUUAACAGCAUUUUUAAAGGCAAUGUGUUUGAGGGGGAUGCGAGAAACACAAUGAAUUUGGCUCUGAAUGAGCAGGGGCUGACUGUCUCCAACACUAUGACAGGCACCCUACAGAAUAUGAAGACUGAAAGCACUCAUACCCUGACUGUAACUCUAUGGACCCUGGCAUUCCGCUCCAUAACAAACAGUUUAAUCUGUGAUGGAGCAUCAUACAACCAUGACAUCAAGGUUGACAUGAGACCUUUUAUUACAUCUCUGCAAUCAAGUGGUAAAGUUGAGAUUUUUGACAUCUCCUUCAGCAAUGACGGCUUUCUAAAGUUGGAGCCAUUUAAGUUAGAGGCAACUGGAAGCAUUACUGGCAAAUAUAAAGAGGAUACUAUUAAGACCACUUGUGCAAUCAAUUAUUCAGACUUGAGUGGUUCAGUAAAAUGUGACUCAACUGGAGACAUUCUGGAAUCCAAAAUUAGCCAGAAUGUUGAACUGGAAUUUGCUGGAUUGUCCUCUGUGUUUAAAAGUGAGACCAACUUAAAUUCCAAAGCUUUGCGCCUUGAGAAUGUCAUCCGUACAAUGGCACUGCCAUUUAGCUUGACUGUUGAUGGCAUUUUGAAUAUGGAUGGUUCAGUGAAUUGGUAUGGUAAGCACACUGGGCAACUCUAUAGUAAGUUCCUCUUAAAAGCAGAACCUCUUGCCAUUGCUAAGUCCCAUGACUGGAGAGCCUCAUCCACACAUGUGUUACCAAAUGGGAAUUCAGCAGAAACUCACAUUGAAAACAAAUUCGAUGGUUUGUUAAUACCCAAUGAGCAGUCUAUUUUAUGGAAAUUCAAGUCUAAGUUAAAUAAUCAUGCAUACAAUCAAGACGUCAGUAUUUACAACAAAGAAGCAGAUAUGGGAGUUGAGCUCUCCAGUGUGCUUCACACAAAUCUUUUGUCUGGAGAAUCAAGUGACAAUUCAUUGGACACCCAGGAAUUCAGCAUCUCUGGCUUCCUUAAAUAUGACAAAAACAGCGACUGUCACAUAAUUGAUUUGCCCUUUAUUGAGAGCCUUCCUGUUGCCUUGGAGAGAAUGAAAACCAAUAUGGUGAAUAUUCUUGAAUCCCUUCAGCAGUACCUCAAUGGUUUGGAUAUCAAUGAUUUGGUCAGACAAUUUAGAGAGAACUUGGAAAAAGUUCCACAAAAUGUUCGCUACUUCAUGGAGGAACUUGAUCUAGAGAACAAAUUAAAUAUGGCUAAAGAUAAGGUCAUUUCUUUAGCACAAGACUAUGCUAUUACAUUGGAUGGGUUAGAAGCAUCAAUGGAGAAGCUUAGGAUUGCUUCAGAAAAAGCCAUAAUUGAUUUUGCUACCAAAAUAAGAGACAUUAAGGCCCAGAUAAAAGAGAUUAUAGAAAGCAGAUCAUGGACAAAAAUUCUGGAAACGAUUGGCAAAGAACUCAAAACCUUCGACGAAAGAUACAGCAUUACUAGUACAAUCCUAAAUGUCAUUAAUGCCUUCGAAGAUGUAAUUAGCCAGAUUGAUCUCCAAAAGUUGCAGGACAACAGCAUGAUUUGGUUAAAAAACCUGGAUGCUAAAUAUGAUAUUAGAGCAGGUCUUCAAACUACACUGAGCAAGCUGAAGCAUGCAAUAGAGGCCUUUGACAUUAUGAAGUUUGUUCAGGAUGCGAUAAACUAUAUCAGCUCAUCUGAUUUGGAGCAGUAUGUGAGUCAGCUGUCUGAUCAUAUCCCAACUGAAGACAUUGAAAAUGUGAUUGAGUCCAUAAAGGACAUCAUUGUCAACUGGAUUGAGGAAUAUGAACUCUUGGAAAAAAUCAAUUAUGUUUACUCAAAAAUAGGUGAGCUGUUUCAGAGAUAUGAAAUUGAAAAGAAGAUGGAAAUCUUCAUAGACCAAGCAACUCUUCUUAUCCAGCAGUACAAAAUCCACAAGACCAUUGAGGCAAUGGUAGAGACUUUAAAGUCUAUUCCAUUUGAAUACUUUUCAGACAAGAUAAUGGAGCUCCUUAAUGCCAUUGUGAGUGAACUGAAAUUAGUUGACAUCAAGAAAAACAUCGAUGAAUUAAAUAGCUAUAUCCAAAUUCUUAUUAGGAAUCUCAAGACUUUUGAUUACAAUGAAUUUGUCAAUGAAGCCAAUGAGAAUAUCAGCAAAGCCAUAAAUUAUAUCAAUGAACAAAUAAUACUCUAUGAAAUUCCACAGAAAAUAGAGGCAUCCAGGGACUUUCUAAGAGAGAUGCAUGCCUCUACUGUCAGGUAUUUGGAGCAAUUGAAAACCACUAAGAUAGCUGAGCUUUAUAGGAUGAUUAAGGGUGUAAUAGACAAAACCACUUACAAAGAUAUUAAACUGAAGAUCCAGGAUACCAUUGAAGAUAUGAGAAAUAGAAUCCAUGACAUGGACGUAAAACAUGAAAUCAGUGUUUACUUGGAAAGAGCAAGUGAGUCCUACAAAAACAUGCUUGCCUAUAUCUCAUCACAACUGCACAACUUGAUUGAGGUUAUACGCAAGGUAUCUGGCGAGCAAGAAGUUCUUACUCAGAUUCAACAAGCUGGGGAAGAAGCUCUCAGUUUUCUCAAAACAGCAAAAAUUGAAAUACUGGAUUUUACAAUUCCAUUCACUACAUUUGAAGUUCCUGCUUUCACCAUAAAUCUGCACAGCCUUCAAGAUAUUAACAUUCCAUCUGAGAUAACAAUACCUGGAUUCAUGGUUAUGGAUUAUGUGUAUGUUGCACCUAUCUCCAUUAACUUUGAGAAAAUUAAACAGAUGAUAAUUGACUUCAUUGACCAAAUCAGAGAGCUUGAAAUUCCAGAACUGGAUCCUGAGGCCACAUUUGGUGAAUUAAGGGCACUUUAUUGGUAUUACCUGCCUGAUUUUACUUUCUCAGAGAUCCAACUUGUAGAGUUGAAGUUCCCAGAAGUACACAUAGCAAAAUUAAAUCUGGAGAAUUUUGAGAUCACCAUGUUGCCUAUUCCUGAAGUCAAGCUGCCUCUUAUCUCACUAGAACCAUGUGUACCUGCUUUUGGAAAACUGUAUGGAGCAUUCCAAUUCAAAUCCCCACACUACACAGUAAUGACAGAGGCAGCAAUUCAAAAUACAACAACUACAAGCUUAGGACCGCAGUUCCAAGCUACUCUAACUUCAAAGGUAGAUUCAACUCUGAAUAUUCUUGGUUACUCUUUGGAGGCAAUGCUUCAAAUUGAAGCCCCUAACAUGAAGAAACUGGUGAUUAGUGAGACCAUAAAAGCCAGCCACAUGGCUUUUACUGUCAGUCAUGAAGGUUCACUUAUUUUCAGCAGCCCUUCAGCUGAGGCAGCAGCAAAGACAAAUGUUAAGGUUACAACCCAAAUAUACAAAGCGGAUAUUACAAACAAUGUAGGAGUCUUCCUAAAGAAUGGAAUAUCUGUGAAUAUGAACACAAGCUACAACCAUGACCUAAGCAUCCCCUCUAUGAAAAUCUCAAGUCAGGCCACAGUUAGCAAAAAUGCUGAGGCUCAAUUUGAAUCUGGAACCAUCUCUGUGACUUGCAAAAAUGUAGGAAAUGGAAAAUGGUCAAUCGAGGACUAUUCUGACGAAGGUAUCCACAAGAGCAAUCUGGAAUUUAAGGUCAAUGCAGGUACUGCAAAGCUAACCUUUGAUGGUGAGACCAACAGCAAAAUACUGAAAGCAAAGCAAUCAGUCAAUGCUGAAUCUGUCAUCCUGAGUCAUAUCAUCAUUGAUGUCAGUGCAGAGACAGAGACUCCCUUCAUGAAGACAAGUGUGAUGAAACUGACAGGGAAAGUACAAAUGGAGGGUCUCAGAAUUGAACUUACCACCUCACACAAUGCAGAACUGACUGGAAAAGUAAGUGGAACCCUAUCAAAUUCUUGUGAAUUUUUGGCCCAACCAUUUGAGAUCACUCUUGACUGCAAAAAUAAAGGAAACUCUAAAAUAGUCUUGCCCCUUAAACUCAAUGGAAAGAUUGAUCUCCAGCAAGAUUAUAAGAUGAUUUUGAAUUCUGGAAAACAGCAUGUAAGUUGGGUGGGUCUAGCUAGAUUUAACCAGUACAAAUACAACCACAAAUUCAUUUUAGAAAAUGGCGAUAAUGAUGCAGGACUUUACGUAUCAAUGGAUGGUGAAGCUAAUCUUGACUUUUUGACUGUCCCACUAACUAUUCCAGAGAUGGCAUUGCCAUUCUUUGAGGCUAAAACACCUAUGAUCAAAGACUUUUCUUUGUGGGAGGAUUUUGGCCUGAAAAAUCUACUAACCAUACCUCGUCAAUCAUUUAAUCUUGAUUUUAAGCUCCAGUAUCAAAAAAACAUGGACAAACACAAUUUUAAUUUAAAUCUUAAACCCAUCUAUGAAUUCAUUAAAGAAAAUGCUCAAAUCUUAGAUGUGCACUUUGAACUUGGACGGGACAAAAUCUUUGAAGCCUUAACAAAUUCUUAUAACCAAGCCAGGACCCAGUUUGAAAAAUUCAAUAUUGAUACAUCCAUACAGCCCCCAAGGCAUUUUACUGUCCCUGGAUACACUGUACCUCUGUUAAAUAUUGAAGUAUCAGCCUUUAGAGCUGAGCUACCUGCAGUCAGUUAUUUCAUCCCCAAAGAGCUUAGCACACCUAGUUUCAAAGUUCCUAUGAUGGGUUUUUCAGUGCCCUCCUAUACCCUUGUACUUCCAUCUCUAGAAUUGCCAGUCUUGCAUGUUCCUGAGACCCUAAGAGAGCUGACACUACCAACAUUCACAUUACCAGAUAUUCAGAACAUCAUGAUACCCGCUCUAGGAAAUCUGACCUAUGACUUCUCAUUCAAGUCACCAGUGAUUACUGUGAAUUCUAAUGGCGGCUUCUACAACCAGUCUGACAUUGUGGUCAAAUUGGGAGCAACUUCCACCUCUGUGUUUGAGUUCCUGAAGGGCAAACUUGAUGCCACAACCAGCAUCACUAGGAAGAGGUGUCUGAAAGUAGCUACAACUCUGACACUUGAGCACAAAAAUGCAGCAUACAGUCAUGACAGCAGUGUCAGUCUCACCAAGAGGAGUAUCGAGUCUUCCCUAGCAAAUGUUCUCAAAAUCGACUUGCCUGUUUUUACAAUGGAAUUAAAUCAGCAACUUCGUGGGAAUACCAAGACCAAGCCUAAUCUUGCCUCAAACAUGAAGGUUGAAUACACUUACACUCUCCCAGCAUUCAAAAGUGAAGGGAAAGGAGACAUACAGCAUGAUGUUUUGCUUGAUGCGUUCUCAUCCUAUUUCUCUGUGGAGAAUUCUUUGAGGGGAAAGACAGAUGGAACGAUAAUGGAAAAGGGACAUUUUUCAGAAUCUUUUCACAAUGACGCAAUAAUAUACCUAAAUUCCAAUGGUCUACGUUUCACUUUAAAAACAGGUUUAACCUCUGAUGCUGAUUACAAGAAGGCUAAAAUCUGGAAUGUGGACAUGACUGAGAACCUAGAACUUGAAGCUUCUCUUAGACGCAUUUAUGCCACAUUGAAUUAUACAAAUAAUAAUGAGGUGAAUGUUGCUUCUUUUUCAACCAAUGGAAAGCACUCUGCAAAGGGAACUUUCGAGUUUGUUCCACUGACAACCCUGUCUGCUAGUCUAAAUGCUGAUAUAUCACAGCCGUCUAAUCUUGGUCUUGCAAAUUUAAUGGAGAAUGUGGAAAUAUCUGUCACCUCAGCUAAACAGAAGUUCAUUUGGAGCAGCAAGGAACAGCUAGCAUCACUGAAACAUUCCAGUGAUUUCCUGCUAUCAAACGAUGAAUCUGAGAUACGUAUGGAAAUUGCCGAAUCUGUUGAAGGUCAUCUUGCAUUUUUGAAGUCUAUCAAACUGCCUAUUUAUCAGAAAACUAUAUGGGAUGUGAUGAAAUUUGAUGAGACCACCAGCCCAGAAAAACUGCAGUUCCUUAAUGUUGCUACUCAUGUGGUAUAUACCAAGAGUAUGGAUGGAGUACUGUUUUCACUGCCUGCAAAAGUAUUGGAAAAUGGAGUCAUUUUUAAUAUUCCAAAAACCACACUAAUGCUACCCAACUGGAUGAAGCAAAUUUCACAAAUGAUAAGAGAAAUAGAUCAGCGAAUUGAAAAUGUUGACAUGAUUGAUUCUGUUUCUAUCCCACCUGUAAUCACUGUUCCAACUUUCAGCAUGCCUCUCACGACUCUUCAGGUGCCAUCCUUUACCUUAGAUCUACAAAACCUGAAAAUUCCAGAUUCUAUAAGCACGGAUACUUUUGAUAUAACUUUGCCAGGACUACCAAAGGUCAAAGUUCCCAGCUUUGAAAUUGACACAAAAUACAUGAAGGACAAAAUGGCUUUCCUGCUUUUAAAGUUACCUCAAUAUGAAGUCACAAUCUCAUCAUUUACCCUCCCUAAAUCUAUCACAAUUGGUGAAUACACAAUCAGCCUGGAUGACCCUAUUAAAGCUAUAUGUAAUUUUGAGAUGCCAGCUAUAACAAUCCCAGAACAGAAGAUUGAGAUCCCAGAGAUAUCACUCAACUUACCUGUUAGUGUAUUUAUUCCAUCAUUUGGUGCCCUCUCCACUUCGGUGAAAGUUUCCUCUCCAAUUUACAACAAUACAUGGACUGAAAAACUAGAGAACAAGGAACCAGGCUUUCUUUACACACUGAAGUCCUCAUGCACAUCCACCAUGACCUUCUUAGGAUAUGACCUGGAAGCUGUUGCCAGUGUUUCAUUGGAUAAUGGAGCUCUGAGUAUGGAUGGAAAAUGCACCUUCUCCCACAAUGAUUUAAAAGUGAACUUGAAGCAUGAUCUCCAUCAGAAUCUGAGAAUUAAACGUGAGGAGCCUUCUGCCUCAAGGCCCCCAAAACAUACACUGGACAUUGAUGUAACAAGCCAAACCUUUGCUGAUGUGAAAUUCCGCUAUGCCUCCUACAAUAAUGGUAUCACGUCUUCAGUAUCCCAUCCAGCUGGCUUUGUUGGAUUUCAGUUAACAAGGAAGACACCAUCUCAAUACAAUGUAAAACUCUUCACCAGAUCCUUGUCAUCUCCUGACAAGGACACUGACCUGCUGAGUUUCAAGGCUACUCUUAAGAACUCUGAAAGGCUGAAUCUUCAAACUAGCUGGCAGCUUAAUGGGUUCUUUGACAUGGUGAAUGACAUUAAAGCCAAGCUGCCUGAUAUGACAGCAGCUCUUUAUGAAUUUGUCAACAAAUAUCAUAAAGCUCAUUUUGGCAUUGACCUUAAUCGUGCUUCUACAAGGCUUAAGAAUGCCAUAGCUAACAAUAUUGACAAAGCUUACAGUAACAUCCCCAAGGCAUUUGAUGCACUUCAGAAUUCAGUGGAGUACCUGAGCCAGCAGAGUCAAGAAAUGCUAAAGAGAACAAUGAAGAGCAUGCCAGAGAUCAGCUUCCAGGAUUUGAUCUCCCAGGCUUCUAAUAACAUCAAAAAACUACUUCAGCAUUAUGAGUCCAAUGUCAGGAUCAUACUGGAUGCCGUAAUGAAGUUCCUGAGUGAGACCAAGUUUCACUUGCCAGGUUUGGAAGAGAAGUUCACUGGUCAAGAGUUGUACUACAAGAUGAGACGGUCUGUUUCACAGGCAGUCAAGAGAGCUGCAAGUAGAUUUAACAGCCUUAUGGAGACUAUAGCUGAUACCAUUGCAAGCUUUGUUAAUGAAAUUAACUUCAGUCUUCCUUCUACAAAUGUAGUUGUUAAUGGUAAAGAGAUUUUGAGAAACCUAAAGUCUGCUGCGAAGUCCACACAGGAUCUGAUUAUUAAAGCAAUGAAGAAAUGGGAAGGUCUGAAGCUAGAGAACCUGCUGCAGAACAUAAGUGACUUUGUAAAACUUUGCAUUCAGAAAACAGGCGAUUUUAUUACCUCUUUACAGGCAGAGAAACUAGAUGAGCUUUCUAAUAAUCUCAAGGGAAUCUACACUGAGGCCAGCAAUACACCAGCAAUGCAGGAACUUGCAAGGCAGAUUCAAGGGGCAAAAGCAAACGCAGCAGAGUACAAAGACAAAGCACAGUUGAAGUUCCAGGAAGUCUACAAUAAGAUUUCCAUAGAGAAUUUUAACUCAGAGAUUAGUGAAUCAAUUUCAGUGUUAGAGAAGCACCUUAGAGCUAACAUUGAAAAUAUUAUUGAAUAUUCAAAGAAUGCUUCACAGUACACACAGCCAUACAUAAAGAUAACCAGCAAAAAGGCAGAUGUGGAUAUUCCUCUGCCUUUCUACUGGAAUUCUUUCAGUGAAUGGCCAAGCAUGACUUGAAUGUUCAGAUUUGGAAUUCUUUUUCAUUUUUUCUUUUUUUCAUUUUUUGUAAAAGUUUAAAUGGGUUUUAAAAAAUCCUCCAUGUGUGUUACGGUUAUAGAAAAUUAUGUUUGUGUGUUUGUGUAUAAUUUGUUAAUAUGUUGUAUUACGUUCAAACAAAAGAUAACGAUUAAAGUCUUCUUUGCAUAA